UGCUGUAAACAAACCAUUUGUUGAUCAGCUGGAGGACAGACCCAAUGGUGUACCAGAGUCUAUGUUAAAGCUUUGGGACAGAUAGAAGAACUUGUCAUUCUAACCAGCCAACAUUUGAAGUAAUCGUUUGAGGAUACUCUCCAUGGGAGCUGUACACACUGAGAGGCACCAGUAGUGUUAUAAUGGCUUCUGUUCCUCCAUCAAACACUCGUCAUGACCACACUUUAGCAGACGUCCUUGCUCAGGAAGGCAAUUCUCUCCCUUCUUUCCUCAAUACUGUGUUUGGAUUUUUAUCUCGACAUUGUCCAGAAGAAAUAUAUGGCAAUACUCACAUCUCGGGGCAACACCUCAUUAGUCAGUCAUACUGCAAAUGGCGACAGAAGUACCUGGAAGAGAAAGCACAGCAGUAUUUACAGCCCCAAAACUGUGAAGAAAAUGUGGUUCCACCAGCUGUUGCUGAGGAAAUUGUUAUAGCCCAUGAUGAAGUGACUGGUGAUCAUCUCUCAGGUACACCGGCAGCAGUCAUCACCACAGAAGCUACAUUAGGAAAUACUACACCAUCUGCAUCAAGUUCAUCAAGGAAAUCCAGUAAAUCCACCAAAGAAAAUAAUCUUUAUGAUUCAACUAAUGGUGCGGUGAAAGACUCCUAUGCAUGGACACAAACAAUUGAAGAUUUGGAAGUGAGAAUCCCUGUACCAGAGAAAGUGUUAAGAGGAAAGCAGGUUCGAGUGACCCUGCAGACAUCAUCCUUUGAAGUGGAGGUGCAAGAACCGGCCUCAGUGUGGCAGAUGCUUCUUACAGGCAAAUUUCCUCACAGCAUUAAGGUUGAAGAAUCUUUGUGGUCUCUGGUGCCUGGUGAACACAUAUCGAUUCACCUAGAAAAGAGUGAAGAACGUUGGUGGGAUAAACUCUUAACAUCAGAAGAUUCCAUAGACUUGAAGAAGAUAAAUGCCGAGCGCGACUAUGCUUCCUUACCUCAAGAAGACCGACAGAAAAUUCAAGAAUUUUUAUGGAAUAAGCAACAGCAAGACCAAGGCAAACCAACUUCUGACCAUCUGAAAAUGGAAUCAGUGCUUCGUGAGGCAUGGAAUGCUGAAGGUUCUCCAUUUCAAGGUCAGCCAUUUGAUCCUUCAAUAGUGAACUUUACUACUGGGGCUGGUGUGGGAGAUAGGGUAGCUUGAUUAAGAAACCUUUCACAUACAUGUAUAUUAUUGUUAGUAACAAAUGUCACUUAAAUGACAUUAUGAUAAUGGCUACAUUGUUAUUUAUAGUUAUAUAAAUUUCUUGAAUAAGAAUAAAGUUGUUUAUGUAAAAA